AAAAAAAAACGUUUUUACACAAACGAAUCAUCAACCUCCGGAUCGACAUGGAAUCCAGUUUAAGCAGAUUUUUGAAAAUGAAUCGCCAACAACUUAGUGGACAGCUCUACAAAUAUACUAAUGUAGUUAAAGGAUGGCAAUAUCGCUGGUUCACCGUGGAUGCUCAAGCUGGAUUACUAAGUUAUUACCUGUGUGAACCAUCGAAUGAUGAUUCAAAUCCUCACAUUAUCGGUAAUUCACCUCGAGGCCAAGUUCAUUUAGCAGGUGCUGUGAUUUGUCCAAGUGAUGAGGACUCGAAAACGUUUACCGUCAAUUGUGUUUCGGGCGAUAUGCUGAAGUUGCGGGCCGGUGAUGCACGCGCUAGGCAAGAAUGGGUUGAUGGGUUACGAGCAAUCGUAGAGAGCCAUUCAAAUUCCACUGCAACCCUUGCGCCACGGGAUCAGCUUGCCGCUCACGAUGCAUUUGGUGCAGCUCGUCAGCAAAUGCAGCAGACCGAACUGAGUAAUGCAGCAUUGGCUCGAGCGAUUGAAAGUGUCACCAGUCCUUUGUCACCCACUGACCCGGAUUUGCUGAUGCUCAAAGCAGUUUCCGCCGCCAGUACGCACUGUCUGUUGCAGUGCUUAGGCCUACUUCAAAGAUACAAUGAAUUAACUGAUGCACGAAUAGAACCCACAAUUUAAGCUAUUGAUAUGUAUGAAUGGUGAAACUUCCACCUAGUGUUGAUAUACCGACUAGUUUAAUAGGCACAGCAAAUAUAUAUAUGCGUACAUAGA